AUGCAAUUAGCCUUUCUGGACUUUGAAGCCGCGUUCGACUCUAUUCACCGAGGCCGUCUUCUCAACGCGCUCCGCGCCGAUGGAGUACCAGGAAAGUUCGUUCGCUUGCUUGAUGACAUGAAUCAACGAACAACUGCUGCAGUUCAAACACCAGCCGGAUGUACAACACCGUUUGAGGUGGUAACUGGGGUAAGACAAGGGACAGUGGCAGGACCCUUCCUGUUCGCUAUCGACGACAAUAUGCGAAGAACAGUCAAUCACUGUCCUGUCGAUAUCAUUCUAGCACUGUCAGGACACCCCUUGACCUAUCUCGAGUACGCUGACGAUGUUGUUAUAUUCGCGGUAACUAGUACGAAACUUCAAAAUGUUGUCAACCUUGUAUCGAAGCUGGCUGCAGCCUCUGGACUACGUCUAUACCCUAAUAAAUGCAAGCAGAUGUGUCUCUUCAAGACCUCGAACGGGAAUCAGGGCGAACGGACAACCAAUCUCCUGCCUCUUAGUUUUUUCUCUCUUUUCUUGAGUUCUCUUACCUGGGCUGUAUGCUGA